ACCCACCGCUAUUUGAUCUCCUCAUAUCGUCUGGGACCCUCCCUACCUCCCUAGGUAGCUUCAUAUUCGACCUGAUACUUGCCCCUGCAUUGCUCGCCGGCAACACCAUGGCAUCCGGGUUGGAAGACGUGAAGGAGGCGCUGAAGGCCAUCUCGCUUGGUCAGACGAAGCUGCUGUCCGCAGUGGAAGCUGUCUCGCAGCGUGUCGCUGAAUUGGAGAAGAGCCGUGAUGAAGAACGUCGACGACCGAGCGGUUCUGUGGCCGACGGCGUCAAGCGAACGACGACGCCCCUCGCCGGCGGCUUCACCCCCUCCCCCGCGUCGGUGAUGCCGCCCGAAGCGGGCACUCAGACGCCUCCACCGUCGUCCGCCUCUCCGGACUUCAAAUCCAGCUUCUCGUCGCGCGUCGUGCUCACAACGUACCCCAAGCAGAUCGGCAUCAAGCCGUUGCCCAUGGAGUGGGGUGCCGCAGACCCGUUGGAGCGCGGCCCCGUCACGGUGUCCAGGUCGCCAUCCACCAUUGGCAGACGCAAUGCCAUCGGCGCCCACGGCGGCUCGUAUUCCAUCUACUAUGCGCUGGCCCUGGCCAGCAGGGAACUCAAGGCGGACCACCGCCCCGAUUUCACCAACACCGAGCCGGCAGUAAACAUCGGUCCGUUCCCCCAGUGGGCCGACAAGAAAAAGAUUGUAGCCAUGGAUCCGUGGGGCCAUCUGGUGCCCUGGCUGUACAAAGACAUCAUCCAGAAGGAGAACGUGGACCUCCGGCCGACGAUUGCUAUUACCAAGGCUCACAUGAAGCUACCCGAACUCGAAGAGAGCGUGAGAAGCGGGCGGCUGGUUCCCGACGGCAAGGUGUGCCUCAACGAACAGGGCGAACUCAAUGUGACCAAGAUCGCUGUUGAGCCGGUGUGGUAUCUCCCGGGUGUCGCGGAGCGGUUCGGAAUCGACGAGGGCACGCUGCGGAGGUCGCUCUUCGAACACACUGGCGGCAUGUAUCCGGAAUUGAUCACCCGAUCCGACAUCAAGGUGUUCCUGCCCCCUAUUGGUGGCUUGACCGUUUACUGCUUCGGAGAUCCGGCGAGGAUGUCUGAUCCUUCCAAGCGGCUUGCGUUGCGCAUCCACGACGAGUGCAAUGGGAGCGACGUUUUCUGUUCCGACAUCUGCACCUGCAGACCCUAUCUCAUCUUCGGCAUCGAGGAGGCCGUCAAGGAGGCGCAGAACGGCGGCAGUGGUGUUGUGAUCUACUUCCGGAAGGAAGGGAGAGCCCUGGGUGAAGUGACCAAAUACCGUAUGUUGAUAUCCUCGACGCGACCCACUAAUAUUUCGAGUUUGAUGUCCUUGGAUUGGCCAUCUGACAAAGAUCUGCAGUCGUGUACAACGCUCGGAAGCGCGGGGAGGAUCGAGCAUCGGACUACUUCAAGAGGACCGAAAACAUCGCGGGGGUCAAGGAUAUGCGCUUCCAGGCUCUCAUGCCGGAUAUCCUUCACUGGCUUGGCAUUACCAAGAUCGACAGAAUGCUGAGCAUGAGCAACAUGAAACACGAUGCUAUCGUCGGGCAAGGGUGAGGACCUAACCUUUU